CACACACACGCACACACACGCACACACACACACACACACCCGGGAGUUAUUCUCACUGUCCUGAGACAACACGCAGCAGUCAAAGCGUUUGAACAUGUCCUUCCCGCUGGCUGUGGCGUUGGCGUUGGCGCUGGGCUUCCUCCGGACCGGUCUGGCUCAGGAUGAACGGUGUGUGGACUUGAUGAAGGACAGCAGCUGCCAGUCAGACGGUCCCAGGUUCUUCUACAACAGCACCAGGUCCAGGUGUCAGAGGCUCGUCGGGGGCUGUGGGUCCAACAAUAACACCUUUAAGACUCUGGAGAGCUGUCAGACUCUCUGCUAUGGAAAUGGCAGACCACUCUCUGAGGAUCCAGGCAACUCGGACUUUAAUAUUCUGUUCGGGAUCAUCGUGCUGAUGGUGGUCUUUAUGGUUAUUGUCACCUUUGUCGCCUUUGUCGUCCUCGUCGUGCAAUACUGCAGACGUGCAUCUUCUAACGGAUACCGACUGUUGGGUUCUGGUCCGUGAGCGGUCGGAGUCGGUGUCUGUGGAGGGAGACACCAUCGGAUGUGUUUGUUUCUGAAUCAAUUAAAUUAUAUUCUGUAUUUUGGGUUAAGAUCUGGACAAUUUAUUAUUCUAUGUUGAUUUUUGACAUUUGUUUGUUGGGAUAGGGUGAAGCCGGAGACUUCAGAGGACGAAUCAUAUUCUCACUUUAGUGAAUUAUUCUCUGUGUUUAUAUGUAGUCAUGGUUUUCUGUUUCUGGGCUUUCAAACCAAAUGCAAAGCAAACGUUUUACGUGGCGAUAUUACGUACAAAGCAGAUGCAAAGAAAAACAUUUUCCAGCCUUUUGGAAGCUUUUUUUUUUUUAACAUCUUUGACCCUUCUUUCAAAGUUCUUUUGUCAAUCUUUUAAAAAAUGCUAUAGAAAUCUAA